UUAACAUUUAAUAUUUGGUAACACGAAAGCAGCCAUUUUUUGCUACAAAAGGUGGUUUUGUCGAUCAUCUAAGAUGUAUAUAAAUAUCCGUUAUAAUUUUUUUGUCAAUUUUUUCAGGAAUAAAUAUUUAAACCCUGCUGACAAGUAAUUUAUCUGCACUAUGAAUCAAUUAAAUGCAGAAAAUCCAAAUUACAGACUAUGUGUUCAAUGCAAAAAACCAGAUGAAUCAAGAUAUUGUAGGUCUUGUCUUUCAAAGAACAAUGAGCAAAAACAUGGAAGAUGUAUAUUUUGCAAGCAAAUAAAAACGGGAAAGGAUUGGUGUCAACCUUGUAAUUCAAAAAUAUUCCAAGAAAAUUUUGACAAUUGGACCAGUGGUAACGAUGAAAUUGAUAAUUUCAUUCAAAAUACUCAGUUAUCAGCAAAAAACCAUCACCAAAUAUUAGAGUGGAUACCCUAUAAUAGGUUUGGUAAACCUAAUUAUAUUGCAGAGGGUGGAUUUGGAAAAGUAUAUAGAGCAAGUUGGAAAGACGGCCAUAUCACACACUGGGAUACAAGUUGCCGUAAAUGGGGAAGAGUAAACAGUGGCUCCUUAGUAGCUCUUAAAAGUUUGAACAAUUCACAAAAUGUUACAUUGAAAUUUAUUAAUGAGAUUACAUUACAUCUUAAAGUUCAUGAGUAUUGUAUGUCAGAUACGAUUAUUAGAUGUUAUGGAAUAACUCAAGAUCCUAAUACAAAAAACUAUAUUAUGGUUAUGUAUUAUGCUGAGAGAGGAAAUCUACAAAAUUCGUUGAAUAAAGAAAAGAAAAAGCAGCAUAAAAAGCAAAAAAGUUACAAAUUUUCUAAUUUGGAUUUGAAUAUUCGGAUAUGGAAACAUAAGAUUAACAUUUUAAAAUAUAUUGCAGCUGGGCUUAGGAAAAUUCAUGGCAAAGAAUUAAUUCAUCGAGAUUUACAUAUUGGAAAUAUAGUAUGUAAUAGAACUUCGCCUCGUAUAACUGAUUUGGGGUUGUGUAAACCAGCAAAUUAUAAUGAAGGAAAUAAUAUGAUGUAUGGUGUUUUACCUUAUUUGGCUCCUGAAAUUUUAAGAGGACAAGAUUAUACCAAAGCUUCAGAUAUUUAUAGUUUUGGCAUAAUUAUGUAUGUAAUUAUUUCAGAAUUGCCUCCAUAUUAUAAAGUUGCUCAUGAUGAAUUUUUAGCAUUAGAAAUUUGUAAAGGAUUAAGACCUGAAUUUAAUAUUAAAGUACCAAAAUUAAUUUUACAUAUAAUUAAAAGCUGCUUAGAUGCAGAUCCAUCAAAUCGACCUGAUGCAAAAUAUCUUUCAAGAAUUUUUUAUGACUGGUUAAUCGAUUUUGAUAAAGAUGCAAUAAGCUAUUCAGAAUCCAUCAAUAAAACAGAAUUAAUUAAACAAAUUGAAGAAGCGGAACAAAUUAAUAAUAAUUCAUCAACUAACUCAUCACCUUUGACGAUACACCCUGAAGCUAUUUAUAAAAGUAGGCCAUUUAAUUAUAAAAAUCUUACUGAACCAAAAAAUUCUGAUGGUUAUUAUGAAAUAUAUGAUAAUAUAUCAACAAUGAAAUAUUCAGGUAACAAUUAAUCUUUAUUUACUUGUUUGGUUAUUUAUCAAGUUAUU